AUGUCUCUUAAGCUUAAGAUCAACUUACCGUCCAAAAGCGACGGAGCUAAACGACCUGAAGCACGAAAACAUGACGUGGUAAGCACACUGUCUGGCUUACCUAAACUAAAGUUAAUAGCCAACAAUGUGACUAAGAAGAAGAAAAAGAAGAGAGAUAAGAGCACGAAGCUUAAGUUGAAAUUAAACCACCACCAGCGAGUGGCUGAUGGAAGUUUAGUCAAGCUAGAAGAAGAAUCAAGUAGAUCUUCCAACGGAAGUGUUUCCAGCAGUAAACCUCCAAAAGUAAGAGUCAAGCCUCAAAGAACAUUGGGUGAAGGUUAUGAUUCAGAAGCUCCAGAUGUUGAGGAUGACCCACUAAUAGAACAAGGGAUAGUUAUACGUUUCCUAAAUGAUACCAAUCUUGACUUUGUUCAUAGUGCAGUUGAUCUGGGUAAUUAUUCCGGUUUGAAUGUUAAGUGGAUCACCAAAGACAAAGCAGUAGUCAACGUGAAGGGUACUUUAUAUGCGGCCAGGUUGCUUGAUUUACCGACCGUACUGGAAUUGUUCAAAACACUCGACAAAAAGAAUUUGUUCAAGACCCUAGAUAUAUCUCAGAUCCUCUUGGUAAUAAGAGUAAUCAACCCUCAUAACUUGAAUAUGGAACGAGAUUUCGAAGUUCCCGAAGAGUAUUUGUAUAAACAUCCAUUCUACCGAAUUGUAGGUGAUGGAGAGAUCAGGACGAACAGAAUGGUUUUAAGAGACGGCUUAUUGAAUAGUUUCGAAGACACAUACAGACGAAUGAGACCAAGAAAGAUAAACCAUCGUAUAAUGGAAGAUAUUGACAGAAGAGUCAAUGAUCUCAUAAAAUUAGAUAACGAAGCUGUUGAUAGUCAUUUUGAACUUGUCAAGACAGAAGAUUUACGGAACAAGAAAUUCGGCACAACCAGCAUGCUGACAUCAGCAGCCCCAACACCUCUACCUACGACUCAUUCGAAUUCUUCUCAUCAAGUUACAGGGGAAGAAGCACAUAAUGGUCAGGAUAUUUCUGGAUCUGAAGCUAUGGAGACCCAUUAUGGAAUGGAUGACAACGAGGCUGCAUCUGACUUGGAGGAAGAAUUAGCAAGAGCACUUGACUUUGAUAUUGAUGAUGUCGGAGAGGACGAAGAUGAUGAUGAGGAGGGAGGACUUGGUGGCGAAACACCCAAGGUCAAGAUCGAAGGGCGAGAAGAUGAUGAUGAAGAUGAAGAUGACGAGGAGGAUGACGAAGAAGACGAAGAAGGAGAAGGCGAUGGAGAAGGAGCAGGGGGAGAAGGAGUAGAGGCUCAAGGAGAAGAAGAGGAAGAAGAGGAAGAAGAGGAAGAAGAUGACGAUGAUGAUGAAGAAGAUGAAGAAGAAGAGGAGGAAGAUGAAGCUAACGAUAAAAAGCGUACCAAAUUAUUAGAGGAAGAAAUCAAGGAAUUGGAGAAAACAGUUGCUCAACAUAAAGAUUACAUUGAACGAGCACCAAAUAAGAUUGCUCGUAAACGGUUCCAGAAUCAACAUGGUAUAUUGAAAGUGUCACUUGAUAAUAAAAAGAGAGAGUUAGCUAAAAUCCAAUCUGAGCUGGAAGCAGCCAAUGCCAAAGCAGAUGCCCAUCUUUUCACCAAUCAAGAGAAAGGUGCACAAGUGAAUAACGAAGAUGAUGAAGACGAAGAAGAGGAGGAGGAGGAUGAAGAUGACGAUGACGAAAUGGGAGGCGAUGACAAUGAAAAUGACAAUGACAAUAUGGGUGAUGACGAUCAAGAUCUCGACGGAUUAUUUUAG